ACAUCAUGGCUUGGACCAGAAACCAUCCCUCCAGUCAGCCGAUAAAUCUCAAAUGAUCGAAACGAAGAACGGAGACAAAAAGCCACAUAUCAAGAAGCCGCUGAACGCCUUCAUGUUGUACAUGAAGGAGAUGAGAGCCAAGGUGGUGGCAGAGUGUACCUUGAAGGAGAGCGCUGCCAUCAAUCAAAUACUGGGACGCAAGUGGCAUGCGCUAAGCCGCGAAGAACAAGCCAAGUACUAUGAAAUGGCGCGCAAAGAGCGUCAGCUUCACAUGCAGAUGUACCCAGGGUGGUCCUCACGCCAAAAUUACUCGCAGGGGAAAAAGAAGAAGCGUAACCGUGACAAAACCCAAGAUGGAGCUAAUAUGAAGAAGUGUCGGGCGCGGUACGGGCUGGAGCAACAGAGCCAAUGGUGUAAACCUUGCAGGCGAAAGAAGAAAUGUAUUCGAUAUAUGGAAGGAGAGGAAGGUGAGGACAUGGCGCCAGGGUCAGCUGACAGUGUAGAUGCCUCGCAGGAAAGUGAUGAUGACGAUGAUCUACAAGACCUGUCGUCCCCCUCCACUGCAUUGGCGGGAGACCACACCGCCACCUCCCCUGCAUCCUCAAGUCUGAUGCCCUCUCCUGGGCCUUCUCUGGCAUCACCGUCAGGGCCGCCCUCAUUGCUCAUGCCGUCGCCAGCCUCCUUGGCUUCCCCUUUAACGCCGGGGGAGGUCACCCCUCUACAGAUGAACCAAGUUCCCCAGAUCCCACAUCCUCAACGGCCCCCAGUGGGCACAAAUCCCCGUGACAUCAAUAAUCCUCUUAGUGUGAAUCAGUUGACUGGCCAGUGUGCUAGUAACAAACCUGAAGCCGGGUCUCAAGACUCCUCCCAUCCUACCAUGGUGAGCGUCACAUGACCCACUGCAACCCUAGAUACCCACGCCCACAUGCUGUGCUGGACACGCCCACCCCCAUACAUACACCAUGCUUUCUUACACGAGAAAGUGCUAUAAUGGCGUACCAGGAGUUUAUACCAGUGUAUUGCGGCUGAUACAUGGGUGUUCGUCUGCUAUUCAGGACCCAAAUUUAAGCUCCACGAUGGGCAUGUGCCAGUACAGUCACCAAUACCUCAGUGUCAAGAGUGUGGCUGAAGACAAAGACUUGUGGCCCCCUGUUUGGCACCAUCCCUGUAAAUAAUUGUUCCUUCACAUCAUGAAUCAACCCUUCAUUGUAUCACACACAGCAGUGUUAGAUACCGUACUCUAAAGCUGCAAAGCCAGCCGUUCACUUCGUUCUAUUCUGCAACAUGGAAAAUUUUGUAUGCAAAUUAAAGAAAAUUUUAUUACAAAAUACAAACUCUAUACCAGGCAAAAUAUUAUAUAACAUUGUUAAGUGUUUAAAUAUAUAUAUGUAUAAUAAUAAUAAUAUUUUAAACACACACACACACACACACAUACACACACAAACACACAUACAUAGUCAAUAAUCAAGGUAAUUGUGCAUAUUUAUGAGCCCAAACUUAGCCAGUGUUGAGCUGAGUACAAAGAUUAGUCAUUUGUUUUGACUUCAGAUGUGAAAGGAUCCAAGUGUGACAGUUACCUCUUUCUGGUGAUGAACAGGUGCACCUGUGACAGCCUGGACUGCUUACCCUCUUGAUGAAUCUGUUUCAGAUACUGUAAAAUGCUUCUUGCUCUGUAUGAAGUACACAAUUUUGAAGCUCAAAUGUGUUUCUAAUGUCAUCAUAAACAAACAUCUGUCAGUAUGAUAUGAAGUAACUACAGUAGUGUUAAAAUGGUUUGUGGCUUUAUACUAUUAUGGGCUAUUACUUUGGUAAAUUUUAUUUUACUUAUUUCAGUUAUUGAAGAAGGCCACUGUCUUCAGUAACUGAUAACAUUGUAUCCAUGCAGUGCAAAUUUGAUAACCCACCUGAACUAACAGUGGAAAAAUAUUCAUGUUAAAUAAGGAAUUUGUUUGUAUGCUGUCAAAAAUGGACUGUUAUUAGUGAGCUUUUAUUUCUUGUUAUUUUUUUAAACACACCUGUGUGAGAGAUAUACAUAAACUAUAUCUUAUCAGCUUACUUCAUCUGGCAUGAUUAACGAUAUAUUGUAUGUAAUAUAAUUUACUGUAAUAUCUUUUUUUUUUUUUUUAAUGUGUCGCCAGAGCAAUACCUGUUGAAGCACUUAAGGGAGACAAUUUAUUAAUUAUUAUUCAGAUUAUAUUGAAUGGGAUAUCUGAGGCGGUGACACAAUACAUUCAUAACUAGUUCUGGCUAGAGUUGGUGCGGUACGAGCCAGGACCAGUAUUGCUACGUGAGCCCUCUGCACCUAGCUGUGUGGUGUGUCUGGCAGCUCCGGGGGUCACGUAAGCAGCUCCUGUGAUUUUUAUGCUUUAUGUAGGCUCACACACAUGUAUAUCUGUCCAAUUUUGCAUAGUACUGUUUUGUAUUUCUGGCUUGUGAUCACCUAAAGCAAAUGCUAUAAAAGAAUCACUACUCACUUUUAGAAAGCAGUGUUGAUGUGCUGAGUGUAUAAGGCCAACAAUGUAUGAUGUGUACAUUACUGAAAAUAUUUUUAUUGUUUAUGAGCACAAGUAAUCAAGAUUUUUAUUCAUUUUAAAUAACUUAAUAAAGACAAAUUAAAGAAUACGAGCACAGUGCUUGGCUGGCUACAUUGUCUUCACUAUUCACCUUUUAAAGACGUCUUUCCACCCCUGUGAUCUAAUUUUUCAAAGGGGGAUAUCGAGCUUCAAAUAAAUGUAACUUAUCGGGAAUAGAACUGUUUAUCAAGGAAACUUUCAUGGAAAGGGACUUUAACUUCACGGACACUUCUGUAUGUAUCCACGGCACUGUAAGCAGGACUCUCAGAGGAAAACAACACCUGUCAGUCACUGCCAAUGCAGUGGCAAACUUUCUGGUACUAAGACUGUAUUAAUCCAGAACUAGCAGCUUUAAUAAUAUCUUAACUAACAACACUACAACUGAACCCAAUUACAUAUAAAAUGCGUUAUAACCCGAGUUCACCGAGAUGAACGUGAAGAAUAACCACUCGUGAAAGGUUGAGAGAUGUCCCAUUAUGUGAAAGAGCCGUCACACUCUGAACUGUUCAGCUCUAGGUAAGUUACUGUAGGAGGGCAUUAAAUGUUGAAAUAACUUGAACUUUGGUGGUGUGCAGUUAUGAGAAAAUUGUAAAUUUGGCUGGUCUCGUGGAGAUCACAUUUCAUUUUGUAUAUUGUGAGUUUUUUGUAUGUGUGGGACCUGUAAGCUUUGCAGAUUUUCACCAUUAUUAAUUUAAUUAAAUUCCACAAAUACAACAUGUUUUAAUUUUUUGCUCUUGUGAGGCACAUCCAUGGCAGUGUUGCAGGCUCAGUGUCCAGUGUUGUAAAUCAACACAUCUCUCUUAAUCAAGAUCCACCAACUGGUACAAGGAGCAUAACAAUGUCUGAGUUGGCUACACUGCCUGGUAAUUGACUUAUAUCCCAAGCUCAGGGCAGCUCAAGGUGGCCAUCUGGGGAUAACCUAGAACUUUACUCUCAUAGUAUACCAACUUUCCAAAUGCCAAAUUGGCAAAACAUAUGCAAAGUAAUUUUAAAUCGUGCAUUUUUAAUACAUUUCACCUCUCAACUUGUCUAUUUGUAAUGUACGUGCACAUUGCUUCCAAAAAUUUAUUAAUACAUCUUCUAUCAUUCUACAUGUACUGUACAGGCUUUCCAUAUCUAAUAACUGUUCAGUUAUUUCUUUAAUGACAAAUUUGUUAUUUUCUGCUUCUAUAUCUGCUCAUCAAUAAUAACACUUUCAGAAUUAAAUUUUAAGAUUUUUUUUUAAUUUAUUUCCAAUAACACACUGAAAACUGUUUCAAUUAUUUUUAUACACUUGCAACAAAUAUUUGCUCUUCUCGAGUCUUAAUCCAAACAAGUAAUUAUCAGAACAGACGUCAAGCCGGGAAAACUAUUAACUUAAUCCUUAUAAAUGUUUUUAUUUUGUUUGUAACGUUAACAAAUAACUAAUAUUUUAUAUUCAUCCAGUUAUAAACCAACAAAUAUUAUAAUUGCUAUAUUUCUGUGUUGUCAUCAUAGCUUAGCAUUUUCUUUACGUAAAUUACUUGCUUUUUCCCACCUUUGAUAAUUACUUUUCACACUCUAAAUAACAAGAUUGAGCCAUUAAUUACUUUCAUUCCAGUCUCUCACCUUUCUCUCAUGCCACCAACUCUAGAAUCCUACCUAAAAUAAAAGGGCUUGAACUCUGAUUCACACAGCUAAGCAUCCUCACCCACAUCAUCCACACCCACCCCCAAUAAUGUGUGAACAUUUUUAACAAUAAAAUAAUUUAAGAAAUGGAUUUCAUGGCAGUUUUAAUACGAUGACGGGUGGGUUGGGAUAACAAUGUGUGGGGCUAGUCUCAUGGAAAGCACCUUACCAGAGCUGCAACAAGUAUCAAGAAUGUAUCUUUUUAGCAUUUCACAGUCCCUAGGUAAAAUGGUCAGUUUUGUGUGAUGUUGAUGUUAAGUAAUGUAUAUAUGAUUGAAUGUUAUUAUUUGGUUUUUCACUGUUUCACUCUAGAAGGCUGUUGUAUCUUUUUCCAUAAGCAGUCAGUGUAGCUGUGAAUGUGAUUGUUCUUCACUGUGCCAAUCUACCUGUGGCCCCCAGCUGGUAAAAAAACUGGUCCCAGGUCCUUUUUGUAAAUAUGGUAUUAUAUUUAGCUAGUAUUCUAUUCCAAGAGAAUUGUAAUUGCCAGACAAUCAUCGUUCACAUUUCAGCUUGUCUCCUCUAGGACAGCCUGAAUCAUUUUUGUUGUAUUUUUGUAAACCCUAUUUCAGUUCAUGUAUGGACAGACCAUCUUGUAUGAGGCAUUGUCACAGUUUGUUGAAAACAAAAAAUGCGAUGUACAGAAGACAGUCGUUUAGAGAAUUGUUCAUGUAAAUAGCAUGUAGUGAAUAAAUCAGUUUCAUAAGA